AGAGGAACACUCAGCGGUUGCGUCUCAAAAGCCUAGACCUGUCUAUCUAGACAGCGUUGCUAUGCGUCAAGAUUGCGUUGCUCUUUCUGAAAUCGUAAACAUUUUGAUGUGUUUCGAGUAAACAUCGAUUUAUAUAUACAAAUCAGCUGAGCUGAUUUAAAAAAACAUUUAUAAUGUCACAAAUUCAGUCUAGGUAGUCAGCUCACUAGUUUUUUGAAACACAGUCAACUUUUCCAGAAUCUGGUCCGUCCGUAAAUGUGUCCUUCCGAGGAGUGAUUAGACUAGUCCAAAUUCAUCUCAUGCAUUCAUCUCAGAUGCAUACAGCGACUAGCUCGACAUUUUGACACAACAUCCAACAACUGAAUAUUUGUUUUCUAAUAUUCUCUAAAUUGAGGCCAGACUUUCAUCGAUCGAACGCCUCUGGGAAGGUUUAUUCUGGUUUCAUCAGUGCUAUGGCGGAGGUCCAGCGUAACGUUACAACGAGUGAGACGAUAACGGAGACUGUUCAGGUUCAGACGGGCACACCGCCUCCACCGCAGCAGGAGGGAAGAAGCUUGACCAUCAAGCUCAGGAAAAGGAAGACAGAAAAGAAAGUGGAGUGGUCCAGUGACACGGUGGACAAUGAACAUCUGGGCCGGAGGUCUUCAAAGUGUUGCUGUAUUUACGAGAAGCCAAGACAGUUCGGUGAGUCUUCCUCGGAAAGUGAUGGAGAUGACGAGGAAGGCUGCGGAAGUGCGCAUUGUGUUCUGGGACAUGGGAGAAGAGACAAUGAACACAGGGAGGGUGGUGGGACCACAGCGCCACCUAGUUCUGGGGGAACAAACCCUCGCUAGAAGUUAGUGGGAGAGUCGGCAUGAAGGGAAGGGUAACGGGCGGCACUACAUUCAUAAUCCCUCAUCCUCACUCACACUGAAUUACAUCACGCCAUCAUUGGGUGUCAAAAGCUUUUUGAUGAAUGAAAGCUUGUAGAGCAAUGCAAUGUGAUUGGUUUUCCUCGUGGUCAUUAGUGUGAUGACUUGGGGAAGACUAAACCUUUUUUGUGAUCUGAAUGCUGCGGGAAAUUUGUUGUACAUAUGACAUUGGUUUUUAUUUCUUUUUGUGAAAUCUAUAGUUAUUUGUUUGUGUUUAACCACUUGAUCUUACCGGUUAUGUGUCCACAAACAAUAUUUUAAUUAAAAACCUAUCUAUGUAAUUCGGGAAGGUUAUACCUCUGUGCGAAUUUGCAGUAUAAAAAAUACAUUUUAUAUCUUGCUGUGUCACAUUUCUAGGAGCAGUAUUUCUUCACAUCACUUGAGGAAAUUCAAGCGUAAUGUGUUGUGUGCUAUAGUGAAUUAAAAAAUAAAGACAGAUUUCAGGAACUCAACCCUUUGAAUAUAAUUACAGGGGCACAUUAAAUCACCUCCAUUAGUUUUCACAAGUUUGAUUGAGUUUUAGUCGGGCUCCCCUCAGACAAUCAGGCCAGUAAGAAACUCGGCAUGUACAUAUAAAGACAUUAAUGUGUUUAAAACGUAGUAAAGUGGACAGAAACUUUUAAAUUCAUUCUGAAUGUGAGGUGAGAAUGGGACCUUGAUCAUUACCCAAUACUGAAGUCAAUUAAAAAGCAGCGGUGAAAUAUAGAUAUAGAUUUGGCAAUUAACCUUUUUAUUCUCAUGUGAAACCCAGGGGAAAAUGUUUUGGUGUGUGUGAUUGAGAAGGUGCCUCACGAUGGCUGCUUUUAUUCAUCAGCUAAAAGUGGGAGAGGUGCAUGCUGUCUGCAUGAUGUAUAGUAGUUUGAUUUGAGCUUUAAGGAUUGAUUAUAUGUGGUUAUAAAGAGCACGGGAAGGUGCAUGACUGAAUGCUGGCCAAGAACAAAAUGCACAUAGCAUCAUCUCUCCACCGAUGUCAGAUACAGUUUACAGUCGAUUCCCAUCAGGACCAUCGCAUCAGUCAUCUGUAUCCCAGCAUUCACAUGCAUCUGUCGUCCCUUUACUGUGAACACACCUUUAUGUACAUAGCAAAGGUCAUAGAGUGGAUUUAACAUGAAUAAACAGAUGUUAAGUUAUGUUCUUUAUAUCUAUUAAAUGCUUAAUGGCAACCUGAA